CGUGUUCAGAACGUUUAUUUUCUGUGGUGUAUUUGUUGAAUUGGCGGUAACGUAUUUUUGCUUUGCAUGUGGUCUAAUCCGAAUUCAGGAGCUAAGUAGAUACUGAAUUAUGGAAUCAGAAGGAAGUGAAUCACAGACAUCCAGAAGUACAGAGCCUAGAAUUGCAUUUGGAGAGGGAAAUGAAUUUGGACUUAGUGAAGUCCAUGCAUAUUUGACAGACAAACUUAGGAGGCUCUCUGUUGUUAUUGAUAAGUAUCAUUCCUUAGGAGACAAUAACCCUGUACCCCCAGUGACAGGAGAUCUUCAGCAUCUUCUGAAAUACAAAACUCAGCUGCUGAGUUGCUUGUCACAACAGUUAAGAACUUUGCAUCCACAAGAAUGGACACGUUUCUCUGCACAUGUACAGUUGGAUGUAAUGGAAAGUUUGAAGAAAGAAGUUCUAGACUUGAGAACUUUGUUAGGUGUGUGUGAGAAGCAACUUGCUGAAGACAAAAAGCAGCUUGCAGAUUUAGAAGAGAAGAUUAAAGAUUUGAAAGAAAUGUAUGAGGAGAGACAGAAAACCCCAGAAGUUCAUAAGAUGGAUUCAUUGGUGCCAGUACAAAAGAACCUCUCAGUGGAAUUCAAUAAACACAGGAGAGAGUUGAAUGACAUGAUAGAACAGCUCUUCCCAGAUGACAGCACUGACCUGGUGGAUUUCCUUCAAGUUCUGACCAAGGCAUAUUUUGAUGAUGAGAGAGGUGACCCAUAUGUUACUCUAGAUGGUCCAUAUCACUGUCUUGAAAUGCUUCUGGAAGCUGACAUCAUCACUCGACAUCCACAUGAUUUCAAGAAGUUUCGGCUCACGAACCUCCUUCAAUAAGAAACUCAUGUAUGAUCUUCCACCUGACAUUCAGUAACACAGAUGAAAAGUUCUGUGAGCUGUCUGGAAUUUCCUGUAAAUCCUGACAGUAUGAAUUUCAAAUUAUCUGAUGUUUUGUAAGAGAAAAAUCAUUCAGAGUACAAUUUUUCUCAUUGUAGUAUCACGGGACUAUGAAGAUCAGAAUCUUCUGGGGUGUAAUGCAAUGGAAUCUUUCAGAAGUUUUAUCGAUGUUUUAGAGGAACAUACUGUCUGUAUCCUUGAAGACAUUAAACAUUAUAGUCCCUUGUGGGAUGUCGAUGCUCAAAGAGACAACCACAUAAAACUAUAACAGAUGUUUAUUGCUCUUAGAAUGAAUAUUACAGAUGAUUGGGGAAGCAGAACAUGCCUGAUGAAUACUGGCGAAGGCUCCCUUUUUAGAAGACUAGUCUGAGCUAGUGAUGGCAGUGAUAUUGUUGUCCCUGAAGAGGGCCAUUUGUCGGAUGCUGGGUGCGCCUGUUGGCAUUCUUCCUCACAGCAACCAGGGAUUAUGAGCCGGCAGGAUGCCGGGCAAGGACAAAGCUCUUGCAGUAGUGGGCUAGCCGGUGCUAGUGGCAGUGAAGCCGGCUGAUGAGAGUUGGCAGUUGCUGGUGGAGUCAGUCUGCUGCAAGUAGACUCACUGUUCUGUUGUUCUCUUGAUACAAGCCUAGUUGUAACUGAUGCUAGCAUACCGGAGGUCUGUAUUUUUAUACUUUUGUUGCUAGGUAUUGCACAGACCAAUGGGUGUUGGAGUUGCCAUGAUGAGCGCUUGCUUCAGUGGGAGGCUCACACACUGUUAUGAGAACGUCACAUGUACGUCUUGGAAUAUAGUAAAUAUCGCAGUAUACCUUCAGUUAUGUAUGAAUAUAUCUUAUGGAUGUGUUUGUUUCCGUUGGAUUCAAACAUCACAUUUAGUUUGCUACAUGUGCAUGUGCUGUGUUAUUUGUUUUUGUAGUUAAGGGUUGUAAAGCAAAUAUCUUCGUUCUUGGGCUAGCAGUUUAUAACUCAGACCCUGAAUUUUGGCAGGAACAUUUUUUUUUCUUCCCCCCCCC